AUGUCAGGCAAAGUUGGUAAGGAUAACUCCAAGUACCGAGAAAGGGCCUCGACGGUUCUUUCAAAGAUGUAUGAUAAAACAAGUGAUAUUGCUGGAAAUAAUUCAGGCAAGAAUAAAGGAAUUGCGGCAGGGACAGCAGCUUCUCUUAUCAGUUUGGGAAUUGAUCGAAUUAAUCAAGGAAGAACUGUAGACGAAACUGAUGGUUUACCAUACUCUGAAGAUGAAUUGAACCAAUUGAAAGAAUUGGAAUCGGAAAUGGACGACAGCAAGUCUUCUCAUUUUGUCGAUAGAUUCAUGGAGAAGCUAUUGAAACAUGCCAUUCCAACGGAGGGACCGGAGAAAGAGAUGCUUGAAAAGAGAAUGUCAGAUCCUGAAAGACUCAAGAAGCCCAAUCUAUCAAUUAGGAUACUUUCAUCUAAUUUCAAGAGGUUGAGUUCAAAGAUGAGUUCAUUUUUUGUAUUGCAAUACGGCGUAAUACACAUUAUCACUUGGAGAAAGCCUACUAAGACUUUAUCAUUUUUGGUAUUGUAUACCUCAAUUUGCUUAUGGCCACAUCUCAUAUUGGCUUAUCCUAUGAUUUUCCUUAUAUUUGGGGUAAUGCUACCAGCGUAUAUCCAUAGACAUCCCAUGAAAACACCAGAAUUGAUAAAGGUUAAAAAAAGAGGGCAAUCUAUACUUGAUUUUUUCAACCAGUCAAAUGACACUAGUGUUAUUGAAGAUUUAAUUGGCAAUAACUAUGAUCAUGAGUCUGGCUCAGAGUCUGAUUCUCUCCAACCUGUUAGUUCAAAAUCUUCUGACGUAUCUGGUAUGUUCAGCAAGAAGCCAGUACCAGCCUCAAAACUAAAAGACGGUGAUGUAAACGAAAAUAUUCAAAAGAAGGAUAAAACUCGUCAUGUUAAAUCACAAAUGGCCUUGUUUAUAAACAUGAGAGACUUGCAAAAUUUGACUACAGAUGUUCUUAAUGGGAUUAAUGCUGCAGAGAAGUUUUGGUACGAGACUGCCGGAUUUAAGGAUGAAAGACUUUCAACUUUUAUAUUCUAUGGUGUGAUUGCUGCCACCUCUAUAGUAUUGGUAUUUGGACGUUUUAUUCCUUGGAGACUAAUUUUUAUUCAAUCGGGGUGGGCAGGACUUGUUAUUUGUCAUCCAAAUAGUAAGAAAUAUAUCAUGAGUAUUAAGAAGUCAAAGCUAUCAAAAGAGGCAAGACAGAAAAAAGAAUCCAAGAAAAUUGAAAAGAAUGAUGGGAGAUUUGAAAGACAUGAUAUUAUUAUUGAUGAUUCUGCAGAGGUAAGGAUCGUAGAAGUGUACGAAUUGCAGAACAAGAACAUGCUGAAUAAUCAAUGGUCUUUUCAUAGAUAUACAAGUAAUAUGUUUGACAUUAAAAACCACGCGAGAGCAGCAGGUAAAAGGCCUCUUGGAGUUGAUGAUUUAUCCAAAGUCUUGCCUCCACCCGAUUGGAAAUUUGAUAUGGGAUAUGCCAAUAAAUGGACGAUUGACACUGAGCCUAAAAAGUUUUUCAGGGAAAGAAAUAUCAACAAUCCUUACUUACAAAUCCCUGAGGAUGAAAAAGAAGGUUGGAUAUAUGAUAAAUUAGAUGGGGUGGACAACCUGGAUUCGACUUAUGAAUUCCGAAGAAGAAGGUUAUCUAGAGAAUGUUACAGGUAUUCGAGACCCCCUAUAAUUCCAAAGAGUACAUAA